AUGGAUUCUGAUCAUGUGAGAGUAGGUCUCGAACCAAUUUCGGGUACCGGCCUGAACGUCGCCUCGUUCCAGAAGAUUCGACAUGCCAAUGGUAAUGGCUCUACCGCACAUGCGCCGGAUGGCUUCGUCCCCAAACAGCACCGUGCUUCCAUGAGCAAGAAGUUGUCCGCGAGGCCUCCCAUUUAUCCCCCGCCCUUCAUCAAUAGCCAAACCUCUAGCGUCAUCACCGAGCCGGUCACGCGGAUCGAGAAAGAUAAAAGCAUGAAGAAUGGUGAUGACGACUCGCAGAACCUCCUCUUCCACCAGGUGUAUCAGUGGCUGCAGCGUGAGAGAGCGCGGCAGAAGGCGAGGAGGAACGGGCCCUAUGAGCAAGCGGAGGGUGCCGUCAGCGAUGGGGAUGAUGAUGAAGACGACCCCGUUGGUGUGCCCUUGGUAAAAACGACGUCACACCCGGCGGAUGGUCCAUUUGCGCUGGACCAAUUGGAGAAAAUCCUGCUUCAAUACGCGACAUCCCGAAACCAGAACAACGGAUCGCAGUAUCCUGUCCGACGCCCUCCCACCCGCCGGCGAACCGCUGUGAAAGGACUGCGGCGAGGCUCCGCUUCGGAAUCAGACUCUGCCGAGCUGGACUCUGCUCCCCCGAGCGUUGAUGCGGCCUUGGACAACUCCAAGACGCUGGCCUAUAGUGCCGGCGAGGUGGAUAAUGAUGAAGGCAACGACAAUGGUUCCAACGCCAAACGGGCCAAGGAUAAGGAAGCUUGGACGAUAUUCAAGACUGAAAUUGUUCGCCUCACCCAUACCCUCCUGCUGAAAGGAUGGCGCAAGCUUCCAAUGGAACUGGCGGGAGAUAUUGAAGUGGUGCGACUCAGCGGUGCCCUGACCAAUGCUGUUUAUGUGGUCACACCACCACAAAACAUUCCUCCUCCUAAGUCGGACGACGGGUCUUACACUCUCGUCCCCAGGAAACCACCCCCGAAGCUGCUUUUGCGAAUCUACGGUCCUCAGGUAGAUCAUCUGAUUGACAGAGAGAAUGAAUUGCAGAUCCUGCGUCGCUUAGGCCGAAAGAAUAUUGGACCACGAGUGCUAGGAACCUUUAACAACGGCCGGUUCGAAGAGUACUUUGAAGCUCGUCCUUUGACCCCGAAGGACCUGCGGGAUCCUGGAACAAUGAAGCAGAUCGCCAAGCGCAUGAGAGAGCUCCAUGAAGGAAUUGAUCUUCUGGAGGAAGAAAGGGAAGAAGGUCCUAUGGUGUUCAGGAAUUGGGACAAGUGGGUGGAUCGCUGCGAGCAAGUCACCAACUGGCUAGACAAGGAACUCCAAUCCAAACACAAUGAGACCAAGGCUGCGUCCGAGCCCUGGCGGCAGCGCGGCUUCGUGUGUGGUGUACCAUGGCCGACUUUCCGCAAAGCCGUUGAGAACUACCGCAAGUGGCUCGUGGCGGCUUACGGGGGGAUUCAGGAGAUCAAACGGCAACUCGUGUUUGCCCAUAAUGAUACCCAAUAUGGCAAUUUAUUACGCAUGGAACCGAGCUCCCAAUCUCCCCUUCUUCGCCCAGAGAAUGAGCACAAGCAGUUGGUGGUGAUCGAUUUUGAGUAUGCGUCGGCAAACACGCCCGGGCUUGAGUUCGCCAACCACUUUACUGAGUGGUGCUAUAAUUACCAUGACGCGGAGACCUCCUGGGCAUGCAAUAACCGAGGCUUCCCAACUCCUUCAGAGCAACGGCAAUUCAUCAGCGCCUAUCUCACCCACCGACCCAACCUCGGAGGACAGUAUUCUCCUUCAAUCACUCCGCUUAUGCACGGGAUCUCUGCCAACAUGACUUCCGUCGCUCCGCUUGACCUCAAUGCCGGCUCUGAUUUUGACUCUCAGAGGUUGACAGAGCUGGAAAAGUCCCACGAGGACAAGCUCGAGGCAGAUGUUUGUUCGUUGAUGAAACAGGCCCGACUGUGGCGAGUCAUGAACUCAGCGCAGUGGGUAGCUUGGGGGAUCGUUCAGGCAAAAGUACCUGGCAUGGAAGAGGGCAUUGCAGCCGCUGCUGCAGGUCAGGAUAGUAACGGCUCAAACGGCUGCUCCACCCACGCUAACGAGGACCAUUCAACUGGAGUCCCAGCAGCAGAUGUGGAAGUGGAUGAAUCAGACGAGUUCGACUAUCUUGCGUAUGCGCAAGACCGGGCAAUGUUCUUUUGGUCAGAUCUCCUGGCACUGAACCUCAUCCGGGAGGAUGAGCUGCCAGCACCCAUGGUGGAGCACAUUAAGUCUCGCAUCAUUGAAUACUAG